AUGUCUGCUACCCCGAUAUGUUACACAAAAGAUUCUCCAAGAAGUGGCGAUGAAACCAUAAGUCAUCACAACCAUCAUCCGCAACUCAGCCAACAACAGCAUCAAAACACCUUAUUAAACUUGUCAUCUUCCUCAUCGCCUCCCCAAAAAAAGUCUUUUUGCAUAGAAGCGCUCUUGGCAAGCGAUUCGACCGCUGAAGAUGGAGCGCCGGAUCCACCACGGUCAGUUAUUAGUCACGAGGAAGAUAGUUCCGACAGUCCACCCUCUACAAAUAGAAGUUACAGUCCUCCGAUAUCUCCAGGAUGUGAAGAUUCCGAUCCCAGCUGCUACCGAAAUCCGCGGUUUGUUCCAAAGCCCGGUCUCAUAGACGCAAGAAUGCAAGGGGUACCUACCGCGGCGGCUGUAUUUCAACCGGCUAUGUACGCUUAUCCGCAUCCGCACCAUCAGCAGUUAUUAACGGCAGGGGCCGCGUCGGCUUUUCACCAUCCUUUGGGUGAAGGUCCGCCGUCGGUAGGAAAUGGUCCGGUAGGGAACAAGGAUCAUCAUGCCGUUCAGGCAUUAAGAACGCCGCAGCAUUUUGGACAACAAUACCUGCAGCACAUGCAAUUAGACUGGCUGGCGCGAACCGGCAUGUUUUAUCCACGAUUGCCAGACCUUACUGGCUGUGGGGCCGAACACGUUCUACUGGGCAAAACGCGGCGACCUCGAACCGCAUUUACCUCGCAGCAACUAUUGGAAUUAGAGAAGCAAUUUCGGCAAAACAAAUACUUGUCGAGGCCGAAACGAUUUGAAGUUGCUACCAGUCUUAUGCUGACAGAGACACAGGUCAAAAUUUGGUUUCAAAAUCGACGCAUGAAAUGGAAACGGUCCAAAAAGACUCAACAAGAAUCCAAAACGAAAGAUAGCGUCAAUCAACAACAGCAGCAACAACAACAUCAACAACACGACUCGGAGAAGACCCGAAACGUACAUCACAGUCCCAUGGCUUCUAAACAACAGAGUGCAGCCCCCGAAGACAUCACAAAAACUCUCCAAAUUCAAUCGGCCAAUAAGGAUUCUGGCAACUUUCAGAACAAACCUGAUAAAAAUCUCCUUAGACAGAGGAUGUUAGAUGGUUCUACGACGGAAUUAGAUCGGCAACGAGGAAUCAGUAAUAAUUAUGCAAAUUCUGAUUCAGGAGUCGAUGGAAAUCUUACAAAACGUGGUAUUUUGGUGCAUGCCGAGGAUGGUCCCAUGAUCAUAAACGGAUCUGAGAUGUUUCGGCCUUACGUUGUGUAA